UCAAAGGCACUCUCAAUCCUCUGUACAUAAAAAAAUCGUUGGUCAUACUAAAAUUGAAUGCUGCAUCUUCACCAUGUGAAGAAAGCACGAGUCUGACAGAAAUAUGUGACCAAUCAUAUGUGAAAGAUGCAAUAUUUUAAAGGCUUUUCACAUGGAUGGAGGGAAAAUUGUACUGUCUCUGGGUACUGUUUCUGAUCAGGAAAUGUCUGUAAUCCAGUUGUUGAAUGUCUUUGAAACUUCUCUAAACAGUGAAAAAAUUGUCUUGAAAUAGAUAAGUGUUCUUAUUAGGCAUGUUACUGUGUAUUUCUAUUUAUGACACUGUACUAGCUACACACCCAAUUCCAAUUAUAAGAUAUCCUUUCUUCUGUCCAAGUUUCUUUGAAAGGGAGUGGGUUGUUUUGCAGGUAUUUUGUGAUCGUAAAUAUGAAAUGGAUGAAUUUCUUGCGGACCUGCUGUAUGUCUGCAGAUGCUACUGCAGUUUGUUUUCCUCUAAAGAAGCAAUAUCCUCCAAAGAAAAGUGGCAGUGAUAUCUCUGAACAUACAAGGCUUCUAGGGGGGCAGAGAAGUGCAGUCUUGGAGAUUAGAACUCCUAAAUUGGACAGGAAAAGUGCCCACCAUGUUAGAAUUGAAGAGCAAGCCCCAUCAUUGAAGCAAAACCCAAAGGUAGUGGUGCUCAAAGUGUCAUUGCAUUGCCAGGGAUGUGCCAAAAAAGUGAGAAGACACGUAUCUAAAAUAGAAGGGGUUACAUCAAUUGCCAUAGAUCUGGAGAUGAAGAAGGUCACAGUUGUGGGGAACAUAUCACCCAUUGGAAUUCUGGAAAGCAUUUGCAAGGUCAAAAAUGCAGAGAUGUGGCCUACCUCCAUGAAAACAUAAUAAUCAAUAAUGUCCAUACUCCAUGAAAACAUAAUAAUCAAUAAUGUCCAUAAACUAAGUUUUACUUGCAAGGCAAAUGGACCAUAUUGCCUGCAGUGUGACCUGGUUACUGAUUUUGCAUGUACUUCUAUGAAGAUCAAUGCUUCAAUCUGUGUAAUUAUAUAUUUCAUUUA